GAAUUUUAGUCAAAUGUUUACAAUUUUAGAAAAUUUAUCAUUUUGAAUGACCCAUUGUUUUCUGUGAAAAAAAUCUAUAUAAUCAAAUCGAUAAGAUUAUUUUUGUUCCAAAAUUUAUGGAAUAAAAAGGCCAAAAUAAUCUUUGAAAUUUCAAAACGUAAUGGCAUAUGUUGAGUUAAAUGGUUUGUUUUGAUUCAAGUUUUUAUCAACAUUGCGACUUAUUGCAAUAAAUUGGGAGUUCACAAAGAAAUCGGUGGUGGGCACAAGUAGUAGAGAAUAAAGAAAAAUAUGCUUAAAAGCAUUUUAAUAUGUGUUUCAGCUGCUAUAAUAGCGACGAAAGCUUCUGAAGUGAUGGUGGAUUCACGGCAAAAUGCAUCAGAUAGAUUUUUUCCGGGAGAUUUUUGGUUUGGGACGUCGACAGCAGCUUAUCAAAUUGAAGGUGCUUGGAAUUUGGAGGGCAAAGGACCCAGUAUCUGGGAUGAAUUUACGCAUUCACAUCCUGAAAAAAUAGUUGAUCAUGGAAACGGUGAUGUCGCUACCAAUUCGUACGAGUUUUAUCUGGACGACGUGAAAGCAGUAAAAAAUCUUGGCAUGGACUUUUAUCGGAUUUCGAUUGCUUGGUCACGUAUUCUACCGACUGGUGAUAUAGCCAACAUAAACGAAAAAGGAAUUGAAUACUACAACAAGCUGAUCAACGCAAUUAUUGGUCACAAAUUGGAGCCAAUGGUAACGAUGUAUCAUUGGGACUUACCUCAAGACCUUCAAAAAUUCGGUGGCCUCACCAAUUCAAUCUUUAUAAGCUAUUUCGAGGCAUACGCCAAUUUACUAUACGAUCGCUUUGGCGAUCGUGUCAAAUAUUGGAUAACCUUCAAUGAACCAAGCGUCUUCUGCACCACGGGAUAUGGGUCUGACAAACAUGCUCCGGCCGUUAAUGCACACGGUGUUGGCGAAUAUUUGUGCGCCCAUAAUGUUUUGAAGGCACACGCCGUUGCAUACCGUUUGUAUAGGAGUUUUUACUACGAACAAUACAAAGGUCAAGUUGGAAUUACGCUUUGCUCUCAAUUUUUUUACUCCGAUUCAAAUGAUAUGCAUGCAGUGGAUCGGGCUAUGCAAUUUUCCCUUGGUUGGUUUGCUAACCCAAUCUUUUCUCUCGCUGGAAAUUACCCAGACGUUAUGAUAACGAGAAUAGCCAAUAAUUCUAUUGGAGAGGGACGUUCGUGGUCGCGAUUACCAUCGUUCACCGACAAGUGGAUUGAAACAAUACGCGGAUCUGCCGACUUUCUUGGACUGAACUAUUAUACCAGCCGCUAUGUUGAAGUCAAUCCGGAGCCGAAGGGUCUAUAUCCAUCUUAUGAACGCGAUUUAAAUUUGAAAAUGGUAAUAAAGCCCGAAUGGAAACCAAGUGCAUCAGAUUGGCUAUAUUCUGUGCCAAAAGGUGUUGGUGAUAUUCUGAGGUGGAUUAAGGAAGAAUAUAAUAAUCCAGAAGUAUUCAUCACUGAAAAUGGCUGGUCUGAUCACGGUGAACUCGACGAUAACGAUCGCAUAGCAUACUUACACGAUCAUCUGGAACAAAUUCUGGACGUAGUUUUGAAUGACGAGUCGAAUCUGAAAGGAUACACAGCUUGGUCCAUUAUUGAUAAUUUUGAAUGGGCUCAAGGAUACGCUGAAAAAUUUGGACUAUAUUCGGUUAAUAUGUCAUCGCCAAGGCGAGAGAGAACCGCUAAGAAAUCAGCAAAAUUUAUGGCAACGGUGGCAUCAACUCACCGAAUACCGGAAAUAAAUUGAUUUUUUAAAUGAUUAGUUUAAACAUUUACGUUAAAAUAAAAAACAUAACUUUUCAAUUGAUUAUGAAUGAAGAAAAA